UGGUGUUGAUGAAGAGGUCUCUCUCCUCUAUUCAUUUCCAUGGCAUCUUCAUCUUCCAGCAGCGAUUACUAUGACACGAGGGACACCAUUUCCAAAUCAAGUUCUUACGACAGUAUCUCUGUGGAGUAUUUCACUUGUGAGGACACCUUUCCCUGUGAGGAAACAAGUUCCUGGGAAGACAUGACUUCCAAUGAAGGUUCUUUACUCCAUUUCCUGCCUCCUAACAAAGGGGCAGGGGUGAUGCAAAGUAAAAGUACACCCAUCAUCAGACGAUAUGGAAUUCAGGAUGGAACAAAGAAGGAUCCCAAAAUUAGCAUUUCCCUGGCCUGGAAUGAUGAGGACAUUGACACUGCAGCUCACAUAGUGGAACGUCUGAUGAAAAUGCUUCACACAUGUCUAGAAAAGCUAAAAGAUAGUGAAGAAAGUAUAAAAGAUUGUGACAAAAAUCAGAAAAAUGAAAGAGAAAUUAAGGAAAGUGACAGAGACAAAGUCUCUGGAUUUUCUGAGAUUGCAGAGGGAGAAAAGUUUCAACUAUGCAAACAGUCCCCUCUUCAUAUGCCUCAAGGCAGUCAUCAAGAACAUGAUAAUUGUCAAGCAUUGCCCAAGAGGAAACCACCAGACAAUGAAGAUGUCAUCCAGUUCCCUGGGAUGUCUCCAAAGUUUAAGGAACAGGAUCUUGCUGAGGUGAGCACAGAUAUGCUUCCCAAGGGGGCAAAGGCAGAUCCAGUAGGGUUGCUAGCUGAACAGCAGAGUCAUACUAUGUUGUAAAACAGGGCUGGAUGCUGGUUGUUUGACAUGACUAGCAGUAGGACAAGGAAGACAGCAGGAAAAAAAGUCCAGAGAGGAAAUGUUGGAAAAAUA